CACGUUCGUGCAGGAGGUUUUGCUCCAAAUGUUCUUCCUAGAAAGAAAGAUCUCGCUGCUCGGCCUUCAGGUCGGGGGUUCUUCCAACCAACGCCCUCCCCCCUAUAUUCCUAACCGGCUGUUUCCAGUUAUUAUAACGUGGGGAAAGUCAACUUUGGGUUUAGUCUAAUCGCCUCUUCUGGACUUGGUGCCGCAACCUUGCGGGUUAAGAUCCUCGGUGUGCGGGGUUUUAUAUUAUUAUUUUUUAUUAUUUUGGUCCAGGGUUCAAUUGGAGAGGGAGAAAAGUUGCUGGGCGGAUGUGUGUUGCUUGGGAACGACUUUGAUCUCCGCCAGUUGAGAAGCUUAGCCAGCGCGUUGUCGCCUUUCAAGGUUUUAUUACUGCCGGAGGUUGGUGGGGGGUUUAAAUUAGUGUAACGCACGCGGCUUUGUAACAGCGGGGGGGGGAUGCCGGCCCCCUUACCUAGCAGGGAUGGCGCGGGAGUCGUUCCGGAGAGGGAAAUCCCUUCCAAAUUCCGAGGAAAGCUGGAGGAAGGGGAAGAAGAUGAUGAAGAAGAGGGUGCCAGGGGUUAAACUAGCUGACAGAUGAAGAGACUCUUUGCUUCGGAUGGAAUUCGAAUUAAGGCAUGCCGGGAACACGGGUUUGGACUGGGCGCAAAGAGGAGAGUCCCUUUGGCGGGCCGGCUGCCUGGCUUCAGUUGUCGAACUUUCCGGCGCUGUUUUUAUUAGAAAUCUAGAGAAACUGUGUUUGGGGAUGUAGUGGUCGGGAAAAGCCAGACACCCUCCCGCCCCUUAGAGGUGGGUCAGUUCCGAAAGCCAUCCGGAAGAGUUGAGAGAAGGAUCCUUUUCUCUUCAGAUUUGCUACUUUGUCGGCGCUCGCGCGUCCCUUGGGCGCCCUUUCGCCCUGUUCCGCCUGCAGCUUCGGGGACUGUCAUGGACGGAGCUGCUUUGCUCUUUAAUUGCCUUCCUCAUUGUGCGCGCGCGUGCCUUUUAAUUAAUUCACUUUAUGGCUGUUUUCCUCCUUUUCCUACAGUCCAGCGGAAUUUCUAGAGGAAAGGAGGGGAGAUGUGGGUGUCGCCAUUUAAUUAGUAUGUGUGUGUGUGUGUGUGUACCACACACACACACACCCUAAGGACAUUUUCUUAAGUGUCUAAUUUCCUAAUGACUGAAGUACUUCCGAGUAAACUGUGUCAAUCUUGGGGCAUUUGAUAAUCUGUGUGCCUGUAUAUAUGGAUAGACUUAGACAUACACUACCAAGAAGUAAGAGGAGAAAUCAAAGCAAAUUUCAUUGCACUUUUGUUAUAUACAGUGAGGGGAAAAUGACACGCGUGACAGCUACUUUAGAUUUUCUAACACAAACCAAGUUUUCUCCUUACAUCUAAUCUGCUCACACAUAUCAAGAUCCUAAUGCCCCCAAACUAUCGGUGCCACCUGCCCUGCCUUGGGCUUUCGAGGAAGUCCUGCUCUCUUCCCAGGGGUUGGGGAUCGAGUCCCUUGGCAGCCGCAUCUUCCCCUCCUAGUCCUUUCCAAGUGAGGGUGAAAGAGUAACAAGUUUUUUUCCCUCCCCUCCUCCUCUCUCUGUGUUUGUUUCCCUCCCGCUCUUCUUGUGCUUUCCAGGGAGCACCCGGGUCACUCUGGAGUCCGCAGCGCUUCCCUCCCGUCUUGGCAACCUGUCCCUCCAUUGAAUUCCGACGCUGUCCGCCUUUAGCCCCCCCGAAAACGCCUCUCACUCGGCUGAAGCCAUGCCCUGCGUCCAGGCUCAGUUCGGGUCCUCGCCGCAAGGAGCCAGCCCGGCCACGCAGAGCUACGCUUACCACCACUCGGCGGCUGCCGGGGAGUACAGCUCGGACUUCUUAACGCCCGAGUUUGUCAAGUUUAGCAUGGACCUGACCAACACUGAAAUCACUGCCACCACUUCUCUCCCCAGCUUCAGUACGUUCAUGGACAACUACGGCGCCGCCGCCGCAGCAGCCGCCGCGGGCUACGACGUCAAGCCUCCUUGCCUGUACCAAAUGCCCUCGCAGCCGCCUCCGCCUCCGCCACCCCCGCCGCCACCCCCGCCGCCCUCCAUCAAGGUCGAGGAACUGCCCCUGCACGGCCACGCGCACGGCUACCCCCCGCCGCCGCCCCAGCAGCCGCCGCCGGCCGCUGGGCCGCAGCAGCCCGACGAGCUGGCCGUCUACUACAAGCCGUGCUCGUCGCCGCCAGCCCCGACCGCGGGCUUCGCCCCAGGGCAGAGCGUGUGGGACGAGGCGGGGCCCUUGCACGGCUUCCACCACCACCACCACCACCACCACCAUCACCACCACGCGCAGGCCUACGGCGGAGCGGCGGCCGUCGGGGGCGGCGGCGGCGGGGGGAUGCACAAAGCGGUGGCCCCGACGGCCGUGCCGCGCCUGUCGCUCUUCUCGUUCAAGCAGUCUCCGCCAGGCACGCCGGUGGGCAGCUGCCAGAUGCGCUUCGACGGGCCCCUGCACACCCUGCCGCUCAACGGCGAGCCGGGCGGGCCCCACCACCAUCACCACCACCACGACGGGCAGCCCUUUGCCCUACCCAACCCCAUCCGCAAGCAGGCCGCCGCCGUCGGCUUCCCCGGGCUGCAGAUCGGGCAUGCUUCACAGCUCCUGGACGCCCAGGUGCCGUCGCCGCCCUCACGGGGCUCGCCCUCCAACGAGGGGCUCUGCGCCGUCUGCGGGGACAACGCCGCCUGCCAGCACUACGGCGUGCGCACCUGCGAGGGUUGCAAAGGCUUCUUCAAGCGCACCGUCCAGAAAAAUGCCAAGUACGUUUGCCUAGCGAAUAAAAACUGCCCCGUGGACAAACGCCGCCGGAAUCGGUGCCAGUACUGUCGCUUUCAGAAGUGCCUGGCAGUCGGCAUGGUCAAAGAAGUGGUUCGCACAGACAGUUUAAAAGGCCGGCGGGGUCGCUUGCCGUCGAAACCGAAGAGCCCCCAGGAGCCCUCUCCCCCGUCGCCCCCGGUGAGUCUGAUCAGUGCCCUGGUGAGAGCCCAUGUCGACUCCAACCCGGCUAUGACCAGCCUGGACUAUUCCAGGUUCCAGGCUAACCCGGACUAUCAGAUGAGCGGCGACGACACGCAGCACAUCCAGCAGUUCUACGAUCUCUUGACUGGCUCAAUGGAAAUCAUCCGGGGCUGGGCAGAAAAGAUCCCCGGCUUCACCGAUCUCCCCAAACAGGACCAGGACCUGCUAUUUGAAUCCGCUUUCUUGGAGCUCUUCGUCCUGCGGUUAGCCUACAGAUCCAACCCGGUGGAAGGCAAGCUGAUCUUUUGCAACGGCGUGGUUCUGCACCGGCUGCAGUGCGUCCGCGGCUUCGGCGAAUGGAUCGACUCAAUCGUGGAGUUCUCGUCCAACCUGCAGAACAUGAACAUCGACAUCUCCGCCUUCUCCUGCAUCGCUGCGCUGGCCAUGGUGACAGAGAGGCACGGCCUGAAGGAACCCAAGAGGGUGGAGGAACUGCAGAACAAGAUUGUCAAUUGUCUCAAGGACCACGUGACUUUCAACAACGGCGGCUUGAACAGGCCGAAUUACUUGUCCAAACUGCUGGGCAAGCUCCCGGAACUGCGCACGCUUUGCACGCAAGGCCUACAGCGCAUCUUCUACUUGAAACUCGAAGACUUGGUGCCACCGCCGGCAAUAAUCGACAAACUUUUCCUGGACACGCUACCUUUUUAAAAUAAAAGAGAGAGGGAGAGAGAGGGAGAGAGGAAAAAACGAAAGAAAGAAAGAGAAAGAAAGAAAGAAAGAGAGGGAGGGAGGGAUUCUUCUUUGCCGCUGAGCUUUCCAAGUGAAGAACUUUCAAAGCCUGGAAGAGAGGGAGAAGGAAGGAAGGAAAGAAAGAAGCAGAUGGAGGGGCCUGACUAACACACCUGGUCCGUGAGGAGCACCUAUGGGUGCUGCUGGGCUCCCAUCCCUUCAGACUGUGGUUGGCCUCUCCUGAAGGACAGAGACUGGUCAUUGGGGCGGGGGUCUCUCUCUAUAGGCAUCCUGGAUCCCGUUCCUUGGACUGCACACAGAUCCCAUGGUACAAGCUUUUUAUUAUCGCCUAAAACAGACAAACAGUAACAGUAUCCUUCCUUCAUACACCCCGGUCUCCCCGAAACAAAAACAAAAGGGGGGGGCAGAAUUUCCUACUGCUACUAUGGUGAUGAUGGCUAUGAUGUAGGACCUUUUGAGAUAAGGAAGCUAGCUGAGCCUUAGCUGCUGCCGAAGACGAGUGUACUAAGGGAACCCACCUAAGACUUUUUUUAUAUAUAAAAUCAUUUUCUGCUGUAAAGGAAAGCUGUAACAUAUAUAUAGACGACCAGUUAAGGUGUGGGGAGGGAGACGGGGGCGACAUGAAUCGACAGAAGGCGAAGGAUUGUACAUUUCACCAGAUGCGGUUUGGCUUUUUAUUUCUUUCUUUUUUAAAGGAAAACAAAAACUAUUCUGUGCCUAUUUAUGAAUAAGCUAUUCAAACCGAUUCUAAUAAUAAUAAUAUUAAUAAUGAUAAUAAUAAUUUUUUUUAAAGAAAAAGAGAGAUGGGUUGGGGGGGGGAGAGAGAGAAAGUAAAGAAUAACGAGAAUCAAUCAAAGGAGUUCGAAGAAAUAAAUAGAAGUUGACAAUUCAAGACCUAAUCGAGAAAAAGCAGGGCCAUUCUAGGAGGACCACGUUUAUUAUAGGCACUUGCUAUUUCAGUAAUGUCUAUAUUCUAUAAAUAGUAAUUUCAGACACUAUGUAGUCUGCUAGAUUUUAUAAAGAUUGGUAGUUCUCUAAGAAGCCUCGAACGUUUUUCUCAAUUGUAAAAUAAGUGGGCACACGUGUUACACAGAUCCAAACAGAUUCUUCCUUCCUAAAACCCCAACCCGCCCCACUUCCCGGACAAAAACCACACCCUUUCGCCAGGGACCCCUAUUUCCCGUCUUUGUAAACACCGUCCAGCAUUCCUUGUUUGUAAGUGUCGUAUGUAUUGUUGAUGCUGAUUAAAAGAAUACAGUUUAUAUCUUGAUUAUUUUGUUGUCUGAAGCGGAGCCAAGUUUUGCAUGCCACAAGCGUUUUGACCGUUUCCAGAGUGCUUAUAUCUCAUAUAGAGAAAUCCCUGGAAAUUAACUGAGCACUUUGAAUUUUUAUUUCGGGAGUGUUCGGGUUUUGUUUUUGGGUUUUUUGGGGGGUGGUGGUGAGGGGUUGGGAAAAGGUGUAUAUUUUUCUUUUUGAAAAACAAAUGUCUAAAAUUGUCGGUUAAUAUAUUAUUUUACGUUUCAGUAAGGAAAAAUUUAAAUAUAUAUAUAUAAUGCCAUAUUCUGUAGUUUUUCUUUUCUUUUCUUUGUAUAUUUCCAGGGGGGCACUUCCUUAAGUUUCUGCCUCCUCUCCACUCCAACCCCCCGCCCCUCUCCGUUAUGAUGUAUGACAGUUAGCCUCGGACAUUUUAUCCCUAAAAACUCUUUCUUUGAGAAAGACACUUUUAAUGUUUACAGCAAAUAAAUCCAUGUAAACGAACAGAAUCCCGUCUUCUUUCUGGCUAAUCAAAGGGCAGCCUCCACGCCCUUAUAGGAUGCUAGCUGGCAGUGACAUUAAUAAUAAACAGCACAUAUUUUUUAUAUUUUG